AUGGAUAACGAUCACGAACCCCUCCCUGCCCACCUACUCUUCGCAGCCCACGACUUGUACGCUCGAGCAGGCGGUCUCGAUGUUGACCCCGCCGAUCGACCCCCUGUUUACAAGGUCGUUGGCAUCGUUCUUGCCGCAGCCUCAGGUCUCUUCAUCGGUGCGUCUUUCGUCUUGAAGAAGGUCGGCCUGCUCAAGGCGAACGAGAAAUACAAUGAAGAGGCGGGAGAAGGAUACGGUUACCUGAAGAAUGGCUACUGGUGGGGAGGUAUGGUACUUAUGAUCCUCGGCGAAAUCUGCAAUUUUGUUGCCUACGCCUUCACCGACGCCAUCCUCGUCACCCCCCUGGGUGCCCUCUCUGUUGUGGUCACCACCAUUCUCUCCGCCAUUUUCCUCAAGGAACGCCUGAGCCUCAUCGGCAAGGUCUCGUGCUUUCUGUGCAUCGUGGGCUCCGUCAUCAUAGCCAUCAACGCCCCUGCCAAGUCGGCCGUCGCCACCAUCCAACAGAUGCAGAGCUUUGUCGUCCACCCGGCCUUCUUGACCUACGCAGGCGUCAUCAUCGUCGGCUCCUUCGUCUGUGCGUUCUGGGCGGCUCCCAAGUGGGGCAAGAAAAACAUGCUGGUUUACAUUACCAUUUGUAGCUGGGUUGGCGGCUUGAGCGUCGUCGCCACCCAGGGGCUGGGUGCCGCUGUUAUCACCCAGGCGGAGGGAACGCCCCAGUUCAACCAGUGGUUCCUCUACGUCCUGCUUGUCUUCGUCAUCGCUACCCUUCUGGUGGAAAUCAUCUACCUGAAUAAAGCCCUUAAUAUCUUUAACGCCGCCAUGGUAACGCCUACCUAUUAUGUCUACUUCACUACCACCACGAUCGUCACCUCUGCCGUGCUCUUCAGAGGUUUCAGGGGAAGCCCCAGCGAAAUCGUGAGCAUUGUCAUGGGAUUCCUGACAAUUUGCGCUGGCGUGGUCCUCCUCCAACUGUCAAAGUCAGCCAAAGACGUGCCAGACACCGCCGUGUUCGCCGGCAACUUGGAUCAAAUUCAUACCAUUGCCAAUCAAGAGCAACCCGAGACGGAGCCCAAGGCCGAUUCGAUUCGUGGGACAGCUGCUAUCGUGCGCAGGCUUUCUACCGCGAGAAUGAAGAUGGAGAUGGAAGAGUUGAGGCGGCUGCGCGAGGAGAAGCAGAUGGAGCAGCAGCUCGACCAGGUAGAUGAGGACGGCCCUGUGUACGAGUGGGACGGCUUGCGGAGGCGGAAAACUCUCGGGGUUGGGUCGCAGAGCACGCGCGGGAGGUCGGGGACAAAUUCGAGCCUUUUCACUCUGCCACGGACGCCUGAGGUCCAUCCACCCCUCGGCAUGUCACGCUUUCCCACGGCCCAAGAUCGCAACGACGAGGAAGACAGAAACCGACCGACUUCCGCAGGCGUGCUAUCGAACAUUGGAGGUACUAUUCGGACCCGGGCCAAGUCAUUGUUAUCGUCCACGGAGCCGAAAUUCGCGGCCGACCCAAUGCCACAAUCCCCACUGCAUCCCGUGGCCCUGACGGAAAUAACAAUGCCCGGCCAGAACGCGCGAGGGGGAGGGGACCUCCCGCCUGGGGUCGACCAGCACGACUUCAUAGACACGGAGUAUACGGGCUCUAGAGGAGUCUACAACGAACGGACCGAUUCUCAGAGAAGCGGUUUCAGCAGCAGUAGCUCCCAUCCUGCCCCAACGCCCCCACCACACACGACGAGGAGGAUGUUCUCAUUCCACAGCAUGUUCCGGCGGAACCAGCAGCCACCUGUGCCGGAAGAGGAGUAUCCGGAGCAGCAACAACACCGUCCCAACCAUCACCUGGCGCGGUUAGCACUCGGAUCGCGAGGACAGUACGCGCCGCAGGCUAAUAACGCCACGGAGGAGGAGCGUCUCGGUCUCGUGGAGGGGGACUCGCGGUCCAAAGCGGCUUCGCGCCAACGCGGUGAUGCGGAGGACGACGAAGGUGCCGAUUCCGACCUUGGCUCCGGCGACGAUAAGUACCCGAGGCCGGCCCCCGGGAGUAGCAGGAGCAGCAGCUCUCCCCGGGUCCAGGAGUCGAGGUACGGUCGCGGCAUUACCGGGUCCCCGCCGAGAAUGGGAAGCGACGAUGAGAAGUUGGAGUACGAAAGCAGCAGCCCGCGCGGAAUAUCCUAUGCGUCGCGGGGGCGAGGUCACGACAGUCCGUCGCCUUCGCCUUCGCCGCCUCCCCCUCCGCCGCACCGCACCCUCAGGAUGCGACCUAGUCGCGAUGAAUCCUUCCAUUAA